AAGUCGGUCGGGUGGCUGACAGGGCGGGGGGCUUUCGGGAGCCGAAGAUUCAGCCCCGCUUGGCGUCCCAGCGGCUCCGGCGCCUCUGCUGGGGGCCUUCGGGAAGGCCGGCUCCGGCUGGGAGGUGCCCGGCGGUCCCGCCCACUCUUCUAGAAGUAGCAGAACCGCUUCCCUGAAAAAGGGAGCGGGCAGGAGGGCGCGCAGAGGCUGGCAUUAAAAAUUGAGGUUCGUUCUUCCCAACUCAAGAAUGGUGACGGUGAGGCCUGCAGAUCCAGGAGAAACUGCAAAAUUAGCGUCUUUCUAGAAAAGCGUUGUGAGCAGAACCAGCUUGGGCUCAGUACCACAUUUUGGCACAGCCAGCCAGGAACCUGUUGCUCAUGGCCAGCCAGCCUGGGUUGGGGAAUUUUCGGGAACAGGCGCGCGAUCCUCCACGCAGCAUGGAAGUGUGUCCUUACUGUAAGAAGUCGUUUAAGCGCUUGAAGUCCCACUUGCCGCACUGUAAGAUGCUACGACCACCUGUGCCUGCUCAUCAGGACGUUUGUCAGUCCAAGCCGGCUGCACUCCCACGUGCUGAGAAAGUCAAAGGGCCGGUCAGAGACCCAAUUAAAGCUAAAGAGAGAGGGUUAGGGACAGACCAUGAAAAAAGAAAUCCUGGCCUGAAAGGGGACAAAUCAGAGCGGACAGGUAAGUCCUCUCUGCUGCUAGCCGUUGAUUUGAAAAAAGCAAGUAGCGCAAAGGCUGAUAAAGACAUUGGGGAUCAAAUUCAACCCUCCCUCAAAAUGUUAAACACUGCAACAGAGAUCACUUUCCACGAAGAACCUACAGCCCCGUUUUCUGCAUCAGAGAACAUCACUCAUAAAAAAGGACUUCCUGAAGAUUUGCCUAAAUCAGGGGAAGGUCGAAAUAACCCUUCAGAAACUGAGGCAUCUUUAUUUCUUGGCCCAGUGGAACCUUCUUUGUCAAGUCAAGAUAGAAAAUACUGUUCAGCUUUCCCUAAUGAUGUGCAAACCACUUGUGCUAACUUAAGAUUGGACAGAAUUGAUGCCCCAAGACAGAACCUUCGUGUAAAAUUGCGAGCUGUUCCUUUCGGGGAUUAUCACAGUUCUCCAGGGGAUCUCGAUUGCGAGGGUAGGAGAGUAAGCACAUCAUGGCCAAGCAGGGUCAGAGCGCCCAAGGCUGGGGAGCCCCUCUCAGGAGUUGCUACUGAUCUUGGUGACACCAGGACUCAGGAAAAGAACACAGAACCACGAAUCGCAGCUUUUAAAGUUAGCCCAUUAGGUGCCAUCCAAGUCGGGGAGAACCGGGACCAAGGACUUAACCUUGGAACAGAGGCACAGGGGAGCAGUGGAAAUGCGGAGAACUGUGUCUUUGUGGCAGAAAUACAGCGCUGGGCUCCCUUGAAUGAUGACCCUAAGAAGGCCUUUAGUAUCAAUGAUUCAGUCACGGCGAAGAACCCUCGCGGGGAAGGUCCCAAUAUAGACUUGAUCAUGCCACAGGAGACAGCUUGCAGGGAGCUUCUCUCUGCGUCACAGUCACGCAAUCCAAGUCUUGUCUCCCUGGCAAUACAAUUUCUCCAGGAAGGGAAGGCAGAAGCCUGCAGCUCUGCCGGCAAAGCAUCAGCAGAGCACGAGGAGCAAGCUUCUCUGUCUCCCAGCUCGGGCUGUCAGCCCCAAGCAUUGCACCCCGGGGGCCAGCUGUCUCUGUGUUCAACCCAGCCUCAUGCUGCUAAAAGCCCCUUGGCCAGGAAGACCCUAUCAAGUGCCCUGGGGCUAGAGUGGUUUCCAGAGCUCUAUCCUGGCUAUCUUGGACUCGGUGUAUUGCCAGGGAAGCCUCAGCUUUGGAGCACAGUGGCCCAGAAGCCUCUGCUCAUCAGCCCCCAGGGGGAAAGGCUUUCCCAAGUUCCUUUGUUGGAAAGAAGUUCGACGGCAGUAAGGAGUUUGGAACCCUCGACCGGGCUCACAGCCUCCAGCUUCUCUCUAUUGAGGAUCUUGGGAACUGUCCAGAAAGGCUGGAUCAGGUGCCGCACCUCUAUGAAGAGCGGGGUCGGAGGCAUCACGAUGCUCUUCGCAGGGUACUUCGUCCUUUGUUGUAGCUGGAGCUUCAAGCAUCUGAAGCUGCAGCGCUGGCGUAAGCAGCACUGACCUGGACACCACUUAGAGAGCUUUGGCGCCCCAAGGAGAGGAUGAUGGAGACAGCGGCAGUGCCUCUUGAACAGCGCAAAAUUGUAUGGGGGCAGGGAGAGGGAGCAAAAGGAAUAAACUAUUGGAAUCUAA